UGUAAGAAAAGGGCUGGAGGAGCCGCCCCAGCGGGAGCCAGAGAGGACGCGGUGUUCUCGGCCGCAAUCCCCACCCUCCUCACCCAGCAGGGCAGGAGGCACCCAACGUGGAGGAGAAAGGGGUGGGGGAGGUGAAACAGAGACAGGAGAGUCACGAGGGCCGGGCCGCGGAGAGAGGGAGAAUAGACCGCGUCACACACCUCCAUUCUCUCACACACGUUGCAGACACAAAUCACUGAUGGUUUCCACGUGCUGCGCUCGUGAGCGGAGGUGCUCAAAGAGGGGGCAGAUGAGUUAGUUCCUGAGACGGAACCGGGGGCGGGGGGGCGUCCCACGUCCGGAGACGCACGCCUUCAGUAGCGCGACCAAUCUCGCAACACUCAAGCCGCGCGUCUCCAGCGCAUCACCAUCCUAUUUAAGGCCACCGGCUCCGCCCUUUUCCUCCCCUCCCUUCUUUUCCACUCUUUUUUUCCAUCCUCCUCCUUUUCUCACCACCGGGUCCUCUCCGGGAGCCGCAUGUAGGGGCGGAGCACGGAAUGCUUCCCUUCCAGCCAAUCAUCACCUGGCUGCCUCUCUAUUGGCUGAGCCCCUUUGUACUGUAGCAAAUGGGCCGUGGACUUCAGUAACGAGAGUCACGUGUUACCGGCGAUGCAACCAAUGAGGGAGCGAGAUCUGUGUACGCAGGGGGAGGCACGUGCCGGGCUGCACGUGUCUGGGAGGGGGAAGGGGCGGGGCCCACUGAGAGAGGCGGAGGUGGGUUGCCAGACCCGGAGAGCCAGAGAAGGAGCUGGAGACCGAGCCUGGGCUGAGCAGGCUGACACAGGUAAGGAGAUUCGGAGGAAAAAGCAAGCUGUUGGGGAGGAUUGGACCCAGAGGGAGUGGGUUUGGGGGCUGAAUGCAGAUCUUGGUAUUGCAACGGUUUGCAUCACGUGGCAGGCGCGAACCCAGAGAGACCCGCGCAGGGAUCCUGAGCUUGAAACAUUGGGAGAGGGCAGGAGGCCAGUCCCUGUGGGGGCGGUUUCUGUAGGCUCACUAGUUGCAGGUUCCGAUCUUUGGGUACUCCAGGAGCUGCUCUCCAGCCCCUGCUUCUGGACCUAUGGAUUCUCCAUCUAGUGUUUCUUCCUAUUCCUCCUACUCUCUCUCUUCGUCUUUUCCCACCUCCCCAGUGAACAGUGACUUUGGCUUCCCCUCUGAUAGUGAGAGGGAGGACAAGGGGGCCCGUGGAACCAGGCCAGACACUGUUGGGCAGAGGGGAGGUUCACGGCCCAGCCCGGGUCCUAUCCGCUGCAGGCAUCGAUCCAAGGUUUCCAGUAACCAACAUACACCAUCUCAUCCGGAACAGCGAGGCUCGGCUUCUCCUAUGGCAGGAUCUGGGGCGAAAAGAUCAAGAGAUGGUGAAUUGGAGACCAGUCUAAACAUCCAAGGUUGUACCACGGAGGGAGACCUGCUGUUUGCCCAGAAGUGUAAAGAACUCCAAGGAUUUAUACCUCCUCUCACAGACCUUCUCAAUGGGCUGAAGAUGGGUCGUUUUGAGAGAGGAUUAAGCAGUUUUCAGCAGAGUGUGGCAAUGGACAGGAUCCAGCGUAUUGUAGGUGUUCUGCAGAAGCCACAGAUGGGGGAACGUUAUCUAGGAACCUUGCUACAGGUAGAAGGGAUGUUAAAGACUUGGUUUCCUCAUAUAGCUGCCCAGAAGUCAUCAUUGGGUGGUGGCAAGCAUCAGCUGACGAAGCGUUUUCCAGCCCACCACAAUGAUUCAGCUGCUUCCUCUCCUGCAUAUCCUGUGCAAAAGAUGGACCAGACACAGCAGGGACAUCUAGCUUUCAAACCAAAGCAGCCUUGGCACCUUACAGAAUGGCCAGCUAUGAACCUCACCUGGAUCCACACCACUCCAAUUUGCAACCCCCCUCUCAGCUCCCCAGGUACCGUCUCCUUUAGCCACGGUCCGUUAGGCGCUGGAACCGGCAUUGGUGUCAUUCUUUUCCUUCAGCAUGGAGUGCAACCCUUCACCCACUCUGCCCCAACCACUCCAGUCCCACCUGCUACAGCAUCUCCCGUCAUCCCUGGUGAUCCUAUGAAACUGUCUGGAGAGGGGCCUCGUUGCUAUAGUUUGCCGGUAACUCUGCCAUCAGACUGGAGCUAUACCCUGUCCCCUCCCAGUGUACCCAGCUUGGCCAAAAAGACGACCACAGGACAACGGGAACAGCAGAGAAGCCAUCCUCCAGUUGCUCCUGAUGUUCAUCUUCUCAACCCCUAGCCCAGGGCACGUAGCUGUCCACUGUGAUCUCUCAUUUGUGGAAAUAUUCAUGUAUAUAUGUCUUUUUAUUUUUAAUGUGUGCAUUUGUGUUGAGGGAAGAUAAAUCCUUUCUGAUUAAAGACUUUUUUUUUUAUACCUAAA